AUGAAUAUAGAUGGUAAUAUUAUCUAUAAAUGCCGUCAAGGUAAUUUCAUACAUUGCUUUUGCUCAAUUGGCAAACAUUUAAUAAUUGCCGAAUCACCUAUUGAUAUCCCAACUAACAUCGAACUUCAUUACGUCAGUGAAGCAACACCUGAUAAAUCAACUUUAAUAAGUGAUGAUAUACUGACUGCAAAAUAUAAGGAUGUUGCAUCCCGUACCCAGAUCAUUAAGAAUAUAUUCAUAGCUGGAUCUAAGUCUAUAUAUCUGAUAGUAAAUCUCUCUGAUGGUGUGCAAGUAUUUCCUUUCAUACGGAAAGAAAACGUUGUUACAAAUCAAAAUGAAGCGAUAGAAAAUGUCAAGUGGUUCUUACCCAAUGUACAUGAUACAGUUCAAAGUCUGACCAUAAUGACAGAGACCGAUGUGAGUAUUGAUUUUACUGUGGGGACCGUCUUAGGCCAUAUUUAUAGUGUUCGCUAUGAAAUUAUGAAUCAAUGUUUUCUAGUUCUCAAGGAUUUCCAAAAAUGGGAGAGUAUUACUCAAGAUUCUAUCAAUUGUGUCAAGAGUGACGGACACGAAUUAGUUAUUGCAUCAUUUGAUAAUUUUAUAUAUUCAAUUAUUGAUAAGAAAUGCGAAUCCCAACAUAUUAAUGUUGAUGUUUCCAAUAAACUCGAAAACUUCAAAGAGAACACAUUAGUUUAUGUAGACUUUUUGAAGGUCAAGAAGUAUUCUACAUCUUAUAUUCGGUAUUAUUUGGCAAAUGUUAAUAAUUUCGGAUGUAUUAUUUACCGAAGGAGUAUACGUGGACAAUGGGAAACUCUACAACUGUUACCCAGGGACCUUAAUCAAAAUGAAGAAGAGGUUACACCACUGAUUGACUGUAUCAUAGAAAAAGGAUCUAAUAAGGAUGAAGUCAUUUUACUUAGCGGAGGUGAACAUGGGAAAUUAUAUGUUUGGGCUUAUAAUUAUAAAGUCAACGAAAUAACUUCAACAAAAAUAUACAAUGUGCACGAAGCUGGUCUUGUGCACAACCUCAUAUUAACAGACCACUCUAAAAUAACUUACUUGACAAAUAAUGAGACGUCUAUUAAUAUAUUAUAUUUAUAG